GUGUAAUAUUUCAGUUGCUCUAAUUAAAGAAUAUCAACUUACAAAUUACAGUUGUUCAUAAGUAUAGCUAUGAUGGAUUUAAUAAUAUUAAUAGGCAUUGUUGUAUUCCUGAUACUGCUGUUUUUACUUUUAGGUUUUAUACAGAAUAUUUCUCAGCCGGCUACGCCUCGAAGUGAACUUACUCAAAACUCGCAAACAGUCAACGGCCAACAACAAAACUCUAACCUGUCAACGAAUCUGCCGGGAUCUGAAGAAACCCCUACUGUUCGUCAUCGAAAAAAUGCACCACCAUCUCCAUCUGGUAGCAAUGUCUUUCCUACGCAUGAAUGGGACGUUCAUGUCACAUCAUCUCCAGCACAGAUUUUUGUUUUGGGUGAUCGACGUGAAGAAGUUCAAGGUACUGAUAUAACACAUAUCCCAGAGACAAGCUCUACAUCAACCGCUUGUGAUGGGCUGAGAUACAGGACGUUCUUAAUGGACAGACAACCACAGCCUAAUCCAAUACGUAGAGUAGUAGAUACACCCACAGGAACUCCCUCGCCUUCUAGCUCUGUAAACUCACGUGAAAAUAUACAUACACUCCCGACUAGCAUUAGAAGGGAAACGAUGCAUGUUUUACAACUCACUUCAGGUUUUUCUUCAACGACCCAAUCAUCUUCCACCGUUCCUUUAUCAACCGGAAACCCACCAGUCGCUACGAGAUCCGGGAAUUCUACUUCCGGUCAACUUAAAGACGAGAAGAAAUACACGAUCCCACCUAUCGUUAGCGAAGUACCACCGCGUGUACUGACAUCUGUGAAUACAAUACACACGACAACAAUUCACCAAAGAGAUGAACCUCUCAAUGUUCGCGGAUCUUCUUCUACGUCGCCAUCCUCUUCUGCGGCUCGAGUAACGAGUGGAAACGUCACAGGCGCUACUGGGGGCGUAAGCUCAGAAUCUGGCCCAAGUAAAGAAGAGAAGAAAUACAAAAUUCCACCCAUCGCAACAGGAGCAUCACCUUGCGUGGUGACACGCCUGCGUGUGGUGCACACUGCUCCACCCCCACCUAUGUUUCAGGUGGUACCAACACCAGGACCGUCGGUGAUACAGCCUCUUCCGGCUAGACCGGCUCUUCCGGCUAGACCGGCAACGCCUGAACCACCGGCAGCAGAACCAGCUGCACGAACUCGACUCUUUGACCCGUACGUCGAAAACAGUGAACCGCCGGAGAAGAAACUAGACCUUCGUGGACUUUAUUUACGUGAAGCUAUGGAAACGUUCUACGAUUUCUUUUUCAACAUGCAGCAAGUGUAUCAGUCAGGGGGGCGCAGUGAGGAUGACAGGUACAUUUAUGUUGUGACUGGCUAUGGGAAGUUCAGCGAAAACAGAAGGCCUAAAAUAAAACCAGCAGUUCAGGAAUUUAUAGACGAAAAUGAGAUCAGGCAUAACUGGCUCAAUGAAGGACUAGUGAUGAUCGAUUUCUGUGCCGAAGAAGACGAAAUUAGUGACUCCGAUGACUACGACGAUGAUGAUGAUGAUGAUGAAGAAGAAACCAACAGCGACGAUUACGGUGGCGAUGUGAUGUGACGAAAUAAAAUGA